CUUUAUAUGAAAGAACAGAGAAGAAUGCUCUGAUUGGAAUUUGAUGGUUCUUCAUAUUAUUUCCCAAUGAAUCUUACAACAAUGAACCAAAGCGAUGUCUGUCAGGAAUAUUCAUGUCCAGAGAGAUCUGUUUCUUUUUCUGUCUAUGUGAUUCUGUAUGCGGCUGCAGCAGCUGUGUCUCUUCUGACCGUGUGUGGAAACCUGCUGGUCAUCAUCUCUGUUAGUCACUUCAAGCAGCUCCACACACCUGCAAACAUCCUCAUCCUCUCUUUGGCUGUGUCUGAUCUUCUAGUUGGAGUUUUUGUGAUGCCACUGCAUUUGUCUUGGGUCAUUGAAUCAUGUUGGAUUUCUGGACCACUGAUGUGCGCUGCUUUAAAAAUUGUGAAUAGUCAAGCAACAAGUGUGUCUGUUCAUACUGUGGCUCUGAUUGCAAUUGAUCGGUUUUUGGCUUUAAGUUCUCCUUUUCUUUACUCUGAGAAGAUCUCACCCACUGUCACCUGCAUAGCAACUUUAUUUAACUGGCUGUUUUCACUCCUUUAUAACUUUACUCUUCUUUUUGUUAAUGAAAACUUCAAUGAUGUCACAUGUCCAGAAAUAUGUAUUGUUAUUAUAGAUGUGGUUUCGUCAUUUAUUGACCUCAUAGUUGUGUUUCUUAUGCCUUGUACAAUCAUUAUAAUAUUAUACACUCAUGUUUUUGUCAUUGCUAAGAAACAUGCGACUGCUAUAAGAGCUCUUCAGAUUCACAACAGAACAGGAUCCUCCAAAAACAGAGUCGGUGACAAAUCAGGACAAAAAGCUGCCAUACUGCUAGGGAUUCUGGUCGUUGUAUUUCUUCUGUGUUUACUGCCGUAUUUUAUUUGUACUUUAGUGAUUCCAUACAGUGAUGAUGAUUUGUUUCAUGUCAGAGAUGUUACCGUAACGAUUUUCUUCCUGAACUCCACCAUUAAUCCCAUCAUUUAUGCUUUAUUCUAUCCCUGGUUUCAAAAAAGCUUAAAAUUAAUUUUCACAUUUAAAGUGUUUAAUAAAGACUCAUCCUUGAUGAAUGUGCUUUAA